AUGUCCCCUCCACCAAUCCCUUACGCAAUCUCAGUACCAGAUGUUUCUCUCCAGGAGCUCCAGCAGCGUCUUGCCUGGGCCAAGCCUGCAACCCAGUUUGAGUCUUCAGAGCAAGACUCAUGGGACUUUGGAGUCCCUGCGAAGGAGAUUAAGCGACUAGUGGCGUACUGGAGAGAUCAUUUUGACUGGCGGAAAGCCGAAGCCCAUUUAAAUGAACUCCCUCAGUAUCGCACUGAAAUUGAAGUUGACGGAUUUGGAACUCUGGAUAUUCAUUUUGUUCAUCAAGUUAGCCCUGUCAAAGAUGCCAUUCCCUUGCUCUUCAGCCAUGGGUGGCCAGGAUCAUUUAUCGAGGUGACAAAACUCUUGCCAAUGCUACAAGGUGAUGACAGCCAGCCGGCAUUCCAUGUUGUGGCACCUUCAUUGCCCAACUUCGGAUUCUCGUCUGGAGUCACCAAACGCGGAUUUGGGUGGGCCCAGUAUGCUGAGACUUUUAACAAGCUGAUGCUCAAGCUUGGUUAUUCUGAAUAUGGCAAGCCAACACAGGUACUCUAUAUCACGCAAGGCGGAGACUUGGGCCAUUGGAUAACCAGGAGUAUAGGCACUUUAUACCCGGAGCAUUGCAAAGCAUCUCACCUGAAUAUGGUCAUUGCCCAACCUCCCAAAUGGACCACCAAUCCACUCUUAGCUCUCCAGCACAGCAUUCAACCCUAUACUACCCAUGAAAAAAAUGGUCUAGAGCGAUCUGCAUGGUUUGAGCGCGAAGGCUUUGGAUACAAUUUAUUGCAAAGAACGAAGCCCCAGACAAUCGGCACAGCAUUAGCAGACAGUCCCGUCGCACUACUCGGCUGGAUCUAUGAGAAGCUCCACGAUUGGUCAGAUUCUUAUCCAUGGACCGACGAUGAGAUUCUAACUUGGGUGUCCAUCUAUUGGUUUUCGGUCGCAGGUCCAGAGGCCAGUGUUCGUGUCUACUAUGAAGGCUCUCACGGUCACCCCGGCAAGGAUUUAAGUUACGAAAAGCUCCAGGAGUAUGUACCCAAUGUCAAAUUGGGGCUUGUGCAUCUCCCACGUGAGCUAGUUGUGGUUCCUCGUACCUGGGCUGCUGCGCUUGGUCCUAUUGUGUUGCAGACUGAGCAUGAUCAUGGAGGCCAUUUCGCUGCCUGGGAGGUUCCUGAAAUUAUUACUCGGGAUUUGCAGACGAUGUUCAAAAAGGAUGGGCCUUGUUUUGGUAUCGUGCCUGGAAGAAAUGGCUAUUAG